GCUAAAUCAUCCUCGCCGGGAAGUUCCGACGGAGAAACAGAAAACUCGAUUCCUUUUUUUUUUUUUGUCUGGUUUUGAUUUUAGCCGGCGAAGAAUGUGAACGAAGGAGCUUAAAAAGAUCAAGGAGAUGGCGUUUAAGCCUUUCGGGAAAGAUGUAGGACCGGCGAUGAGCUCCAAGCCGUCGUCGUUUACAACGUUCGGCGCUUCUGAUCCUACUCAAUCCACCAGUGAUUCUCCGAUUCAGCCACCGACAUAUCAAAACCAUUCAGGGUAUGCAGGACGAUCUUUUGGACCAGGUGGUAUUCAAAGUGGUCCUCCAAUCCAGCGAGCACCGUCUCCUUCAGCUUCUCAAAACCCUUCACCCUCUGUAGGGCAACCUUACUGACCACGUGGACUACAAAGUAGUCCUGCAAUGAAUCGAACAUCACCACCUGUGGCUUUUCAAAAUCCCUCACACUCCUCAGGACAAUCUUACCGACCUGGUGGAACUCAGAGGAGCCCCGGACCUGUCAAUGUACAUUGGGGUCCAGAAGCUUUUCCACGCCCAAUCCCCUCUGUGAGACCUUACCAAUUUCCUGGAGUUCAGAGGCCUACUUUAAAUCCUCAGUUUGGGCAUGAUGAAUCUAGGAAUUUCCAAAAGGAUCAUAGUGAACGUAGUCUAGCCACGUCUUCAGCUAGUACAUCACACACUCUUUCCAGAAGUGGAACUGAUGUUGUUGAGAUUGGUCGAUCACAAGAUUCAAAAAGGAAAAGUCGUUCAGAUGUUCUUCCUGAUCGGAGUUUAGGGGUUUCUCGAAGAAACCAUUCGCCAGGAUCAGGUUUUGGGAUUGGCAGAUUGGUAGAUGAUUUCCAGCAGUCAUCUAGUCAAACUUGGAUACGCUCUCCCUCUUCCGCGGACAAUAAUCCGGUGAGGUCGAGGAUCAAUCCCAAUCGGUUGAUCCAUCAGGAACAGAGCCCAAGCUCUUCAUUCCCUUAUGCACAUGAAGCAGCUGAAAUCCAGGAAGCCACAAAAAGAAAAUCUUCGGCUAUAGCACCUUCUGAUAGUUUUCUUCACAACAACCCUGUAUUUUCUCAAGAUGAUACUCGAAGGUCAUCGACAUCUCCUCCUGGCACAAAGUCAUUUAUGCUUUCAAGAAGCUCAGAUUCCCAAUUUACUGGGCAGUCCUCCUCUGUAAAUAAUUUCAGUAAUGCGGUUAAGACAAGUAGUUCACCUGCAACAAAAAGGACGAGAUCUCCACCUUUUUAUCCAGUGGAGGAUGAUAUCCAGGGAAACUCUUUUCUUUCUCAAAGCUUUACUGAAGGAGAAGAGCAAGCCAGGGCAAAGAGACUGGCCCGCUUCAAGGGUGAACUGGACCCUGUUCCAGCCCGACCUGUUGAUACUCAACUUGCUAAAUCAGCUGUAAAUAAAACUGUGAAGCUUCUGGACAACAAGCAAAUAUUCAAUUCACAGGAAUCAAAUAGGGAUGUCCUCAAGGGAGAUGCUUUGUCUGAUUUUGAAAGCUCGGAGCAGCCUUCUCUUAUCGUUGGAUUAUGCCCUGACAUGUGUCCUGAGUCAGAACGGGGGGAGCGUGAAAAGAAGGGUGACUUGGACCAUUAUGAGCGUGUGGAUGGAGAUAGGAACCAGACGAGCAAAUCCCUUGCUGUGAAGAAAUAUACCAGGACGGCGGAGCGAGAAGCCAUUUUGAUACGACCCAUGCCAAUCCUGCAGAAUACUAUGGAAUAUUUGCUGAGUUACCGCCCUUACAAUGAAAACUUUCUUGGCAUGUAUAAUUUCCUAUGGGAUAGGAUGAGAGCUAUUCGAAUGGAUCUAAGAAUGCAACAUAUAUUCAACCGAGAAGCUAUUACUUUACUGGAGCAAAUGAUAAGACUUCACAUCAUUGCAAUGCAUGAGCUAUGUGAAUAUACUAAAGGAGAGGGCUUUUCGGAGGGGUUUGAUGCACACCUGAAUAUUGAGCAGAUGAACAAGACAUCUGUUGAGUUGUUUCAAAUGUAUGAUGAUCACAGGAAGGGAGGAACAACUAUUCCUACAGAAAAAGAGUUCCGUGGCUAUUAUGCUCUUCUCAAACUCGACAAGCACCCUGGCUACAAGGUUGAACCGUCUGAGCUUUCUCUUGAUCUUGCCAACAUGACUCCAGAAAUAAGGCAAACUUCAGAAGUUCUCUUUGCCCGCAGUGUAGCCAGAGCUGGUAGAACUGGCAACUUCAUUGCCUUCUUUCGCCUCGCACGAAAAGCAAGUUAUCUUCAAGCAUGUCUAAUGCAUGCUCAUUUUUCAAGGCUAAGAACUCAUGCGCUUACUUCUCUGCACGCGGGUCUCCUAAAUAAUCAGGGUCUCCCAGUUUCAGAUACUUCAAAGUGGAUAGGGAUGGAGGAAGAGGACAUAGAAGCCCUGCUGGAGUACCAUGGAUUUUCGAUAAAAGUGUUUGAAGAGCCAUACAUGGUAAAGGGUGACCUGUUUCUCCAUGCUGAUAAGGAUUAUAAAACAAAAUGCUCCAAACUUGUUCACAUGAAAAAGUCAAGAACCAUUGUGGAAGAUGUUUCUGCUCCAUCGAUAGAAGAAGAUGUUUUUGCUCCCUCUCCGUUGUCAUCCUUGCCGAAAGCAAAUAAAGGAUAUCAACAGGAAACACCGCCUCCUCAAAGUCUUAAGAAACAAACAUCACUGCGUCUAGUUGAUAAAGUAAUGACCGAUUCCAAGACUUCCCUCUUACUGGAGGAGGACAAGCCAGUGAGGACAUCUGUUAUAAAUCCAGUGCGGCCAUCUGAUGUAAAACCAGCAGUAGAUCAACAAAACCGAAAUCACUUUACACCGGCUGGUGAAUUUCAUUCUCCUGGAUUUCCUCAAGCUGAAUCCUUGAAUUUGAAGAAACAACCUAAUGGCGGCCACACUAGUACAUCUCCCGCGGAAAUUAAAUUUCCAUUUGCAGAGCAUAUGCAAACGAAUCUUGUGCCCGGUUCUAUUUUGCAACAAAGUCCGUUUGCAGUGCACAUGCAAACGAAUCUAGUGCAUGGACCUACUUUGCAACAAAGUCCGAAGUCUAUGCCUAUGGAGAGUGUGCCUGUAACUACCAUUUCAGAGUCUCCAACGCGUGUAGAAAACAUAUCUGCUUUGGAAGAAUCAGUACCUGAAGCUGCGAUGACUGUUACCUUGGAAGAGGGUUUCGAUGACAUUGAACAGGAAGACGAGGAUGGACAUGAGGACAUCACAAGUCAGUAUGAAGAGGAAGUGGCGAAGGCUAAGCUCAAGUUGAUCAUAAGAUUAUGGAAGCGGUGGUCUUCACGUCAAAGUGAAUUGCGGGAGCGUCGACAGUUAGCUGCAGCUGCUGCACUGAAUUCUCUAACCCUGGGCACUCCUAUCCGACUCAGCAAAACUGAUCACUAGAGGGCGUGCGGUGAGUUUGACAUUGAUCAAGCGAUGAAGAGGAGAUUUGAAGAACGGGAAAAAUCAUGGUCAAGGCUGAAUAUUUCAGAUGUGGUUGCUGAUAUAUUAGUCGAAAGGAAUCCUGACUCAAAAUGCAUAUGGUGGAAGGUCAUCCUAUGUACUCAGAUUAAAUCAGUUGACUCAUCAAGUCAAGAUACACAUUCAGCAGCCAGUCGAUGGUUAUCAUCAAAGCUUAUCCCUGACACAGAACAUAGUAUCUCCGAUGAUAAUCUACUGUUUUCAUCUCCCGGUGUGUCGGUAUGGAAUAAAUGGGUUGCAAGUGGGUCUGAUUCAGAUUCCAGAUGCUGUCUCUCAGUAGCUAGGGAUGUAGAAGCUGAUAAUGAUCCACGUGGUGCAAGUGCAGUUCUCUUCCUUGCAUCUAAAAGCAUCCCUCUGAAUCUCCAGAGAGAACAUCUUAACCGCAUUCUCGAAUCAGUACCUAACCGUUCACUCCUUCCCCUUCUCGUUCUAACCAGCUCAAGCAAUGGAGAAAGCGUGGGUCCCGAUACAAAUCUCGUCUCUGAGCUAGGCCUCCAUGAUAUCAACAAAUCAAAGAUAGCAAGCUUCACCGUCGUUUCUAUCGCUAAUUACUCCCAGAAGGGACACGAAGUUCGUUUUUUCAGCGAUUCGCGGCUAAGGGACGGACUCAAAUGGCUUGCGGGAAAUUCACCUCCGCUACCAAAUCUUCAUCACGUUAAACCGCGGGAACUUGUUCUGACGCAUUUUAGUUUUUCUCUAGAGUUGCUUAAGCAGAUGUCGGAUCAGGAAGUUGGUCCUAACAUAUGCAUAUCAGCCUUCAACGAGGCGCUGGAAACAUCUAAAAGAAACAUCACUUCUGCUGCUGAAGCAAAUCCGAUCUGUUGGCCUGGCCCUGAGACAAUGUUGCUCGACAGUAAUAGAAAAGAACAUUUAAUGGCGAAGAGGUAUCUACCUGAACUAGACUGGAGCAGUGCAGAGAGCAUCGAACAAUUCAACUCCGUUCUCGAGAACUGCAAGCUUCCAUAUUUUGAAGAUGACUUGACAUGGUUAACACUAGGAUGUGCUUCAGGCGCUGAGAUAGAGAAGCAUACGCAACGGCUUGAGGGAUGCUUAGUUGAGUACUUGACACAGACAAGCAAUCUUAUGGGAGACUCGUUAGCCAGCAAAGAAGCGGGAGUGAUGUUACAAAGAAACACUACCCUCGAACUCCAUAACUCAAGCUACUACCAUAUCAUCCCGAGAUGGAUCGGGAUCUUCCAGAGGAUCUUCAACUGGCGGAUAAUGGAUGUGCUAGAUUCGUCUUCUUCCUCAGCUUACGUACAGAAGUCUGAUCUCGCCAUAUCAGCUUCAAGCUAUGCUGAUAAGUUCUUGUCUGAAGAUGCAUCGUACCAAUCUUCUCGUCCAACAAUGGUCCAAAUCAGCUGCACCCCCUUGAAGUCGUCUCCUAAAGUAGAAUAUGUUCAGACAGAGAGGCUUGUUGAUGAUCAUAGAGACAUAGAUGAGUCAAUGUUGGAGAAGAGUAGAGAAGCUUCGAGAAGGAUUGAUAUGAUGAUAACUGAGGACGAUGAGUUAGCUGUUAAAAGAAAAGAAGCUGCGGAGAAGAAGACGGUGAAGGGUAGAGAGAGUGAGAGAUUAGAUAAACUGUUGGAGAAAUGACAGAACAGCAUAGCCAAGAAGCUCUGCAUUUACUUUUGAACUUUCUUCAUCCCUUUUGGCGUUUAAUGUUGUUGUUACUUUAACUUUGCUAUAUAUGCUGAAUCUGUGACAUAGAGAGAGAGUACAGAAGAAACAACCAUCAUCAUCAUUCAUUACACAGGUUUUUUAACUGUACAGGGAUAAUUGUGAUAUCAUCUGUCCUAUUCUCAUGUUGUAACCACAGUUUGUAUGAUUCCGCUUUGUAAAACAAACAAAGAUUUUUUUGACAAAUCGAUGACUUGUUUUCCCGA